CUCCCAGUUUGGAUUAACAGAAUAUCCUGUUUUUCUGGGGAAAAAAACCCUUAACAAAACGUUGAAAUUAUUUAGUUGUAGGUACAGGACAUUUGUUACAGCACUGCAGCAGUGUUGUGGGCAGGGGGACGUGCCUCGAUAAAUCAACCAGCAGGGACUAAUUUAAUUUCAAGGAGAAAUAUUGCUGCUUGGGAGAGGAGAUACCAGAGCCUUUAGGGAGCAGAGGAGGUGCAGAGAGACAAAGUGAGACAGAGUGUUAACAAGGGCAUCAGAGCCAUGGAGGAGAGAGACAACUACAGCAGCCUGCAGGAGUUCACCGAGGAGCCGACACCUGGUGGGAACCUCCUCGUUCUUCAACACGGAGACGGUAUUUUAUGUGCUCCCAGGGACGUUGAGUGUUUGAGGAGUCAGACUGCUCUCCUGAUGCUUAUUGGCUUUUUGGCCUCCAUCUGCGCCAACAUCGUACUCACUGUGCUCUUGAUUGGCAGGCUGGUUCCAGGUGCCCCCCUGGACUCCUCAUCUCUGGGUUUUAAAUUGAACUCUGUGCAGAGACGUGACAUCCAGCUGUGUGAGGACUACACCGCCGUGGGACAGAGCUGUUCAAAGACAGUUAAGCAGUGCAGGGAGUGCCCUGACGGAUGGCUACAGGAGGAUCAGUGUUACCACUUCAGCAGCAACAAGCUGGACUGGCUAUAGAGCAGAGAUAGUUGUGCAGAGAUGGGUAGCCAUCUUACCAUACUGCACACCAUGGAACAGCAUGAAGCUCUGGAAAAAGAAGCCAAAAGAAUUUUCAUAAUUGAUUACCACUUCUGGAUCAGCCUGUCGGAUAUAGAGAAUAAAGGAGACUGGAGAUGGGUGGACAACACAACCCUCUGUCACAGAUACUGGGAUCAGUGGAGCUCAGAGCCAAAUAACCACCAGUCAGAAGGGGAACAUGGAGAAGGCUGUGCCACCUUAGACAGCCACGCAAAGACAUGGUUUGAUGUUCCUUGUGAGCACAUUUAUAAAUGGAUCUGCCAAAUGGAUGCCAUUCAGCUCAAUUGAAUCCUGAUAUAACUGUAAGUGCUGCAGCACUGGGAAGUCUGGAAAGAAAAAAGUAAUGGUGACAUGUUUUGGGAUAACAGAAAAUAGAUCUUGUUUCACACCAAAAUGUCAUUUUUGUGACAUGUAACAUAUGCACAGGGAAUAUUCUUUUUUUUAUUGACGCUAUGGUUGGUGGAAACCAUGUUGAACCACAGCUUAUUGAAUGGAAUUGUACAACUGCACUUGUUUUCAAGUAAAUCUAAAUGGAAAAAUAUGACAUUAAAAGAGAAGAUACAUUGUAGCAUUGCACUGAUUUAGACAAUAAAGUCAAUUUUUUUAAAGGACUUUUAUUGACAAUGACAUCAGAUAACCUUUGUUUGCAGUGUAUCCAUUCACAAUUAAUGAGCCUAUUAUUGAAUUUAGUUUUGAGAUACUUCAUCCAAGUGACUUUUAUUUGAAUGUCAGGUCAUCCGGGUCUGACAUUAGAAAAAGGUCGUCAUAUUGCAAAGCUGAAUGCCACGAGUCCUGCCUGGAAGUUUUGGUAUGAUUAUUGUCUGUCUAUGUUGUUCAUCUUUGGGAGUGAUUUGUGCAAAUUCACAACUUAAAACUGAGCUGCAAAUUAUUCCAGAGAAAUCAAUGUGUAUUUUAUAGGUUAGUUAGGUUACUCAUCUCUUUAAGAUUAAUAUGGUUUCUUCACUGCACUACUUCUGGCUCUGGAGACAAAAUCUAUGUCAAUAAAAU